AUGAGCAAAACGAGCUUACCGCUUACUGGUAAGAAACUUGUAAAAGUAAAAUUUGUGAAAAAAUCCGGGGUCAAAAAGAAAAUUGACACAAAAUUGAUUGUAAUAUAUUGUGGUAUAGUUUUAUAUGGCGUAGCAGUUAUCGUUAUUCACAUUAUUGCUCAACUUGAAUCGUCGUUUCAGAUGUCGUCAUUGACAAACUUUGCGUCCCCAGUUACCAAGAAGUUAGCACCCAAAGAGGUUAUUCUGUUUCUUUCCCAAUUUACACCUUGUGAUGUUUCUGAUUCCUUGAACGAAUGCGGGAUCGCAAAUGGCGGAUUUAUUCCUAAUUUGGUUAAUUAUUCACCAGUGACCAAAUCGACAUCCGUUGUUGGCAAAGCAUAUACUGUGCUUUAUGCACCAAAGUCGGAUCCUAGGCCUGCGGUGAAACAGUCGUACAUAGAUAAUGUCCCAGAGGAUGCAAUUGUUGUAAUUGGCCUACCAUUGGCGUUACAAACCAUUAAUGCACCCUAUGUCAAGGUCAAUAACGCACUAUACGGUGGGUUGAUGUCCACUAGAGCCAAAUACAGAAAAGCCAAUGGUUCCGUUAUCUUGGGAAGGAUUAGAGACUUGGAUGAGCACAAUGAUUUGAAAUACCCCGUUUGGUCAUACGGAGUAGGCACCAGUGCCCCCGGACCCUUAGUCAAAGUUGUAGGAAUCAAUGUCCCGUUAGAGGUGAAAGUAACCAAUUCCGACCCCUCAAUGACCGAAGAGAUUUUGACAAUUUUUCCUGGUGAUUAUUUAAUUGCAGAUAAGAAUGGUGUUGUGAAAUUGAAAGACGAUAACCAGUUGAGUAAAAUACUCGACUACAUCCCAAAGAGAGUAGAUGCUGAUACUAAAGUUAGCGAGGAUAUCAAAAAGGGUAAGCCCGCUGCAGAGUCGCAAAAGCACUGGAGAGGAAAGAUUUAG